GAGCUGCCCUCUCUGGCAGACAGCGGAUACAUUCAGCUGGGCGGGGCUGUCGGACAGACGGAGAGGGAGGACGGGAGGGAGGGCUUGCGGGCAGAGGGCUCAGGUAGGUGGAAACGGGUGGAGACUGGCAGGAAAGGGCAGAAGUGGGUGUGUGGGGGGCGCUAAAUGAGUAUGAGAGGGAAAGCUGAGAAGGAGAAGACCGGAGAUGAGGCGUGGGAGGGGGUAAGGAGGGGAUGGAAAAGGGUAAAGGUGGAGGCAGAAAAAAGAGGAAGGAAUGAGGAAAAUCAGGAAAAGAGUGAGUCGAGGAGGAGCCCGGGAGCCUAGGAGUGAAAGGGAGCAAACGCAGAGACCGCAGGGGGCCAGGAGGAGAGGAGACAGAGGCUCAGAGACCUGGGAAGACAAGCAGGGUGGGAGGGGGAGCUGUGCAGAGGGCUCCCAGCCCUGCCCUUCCAUCGCUCUCUCUUCCUCGCCUGCAUCUCUGACCUCAGCCUCGCCUCCUAGCCUCCUGCCACUUCCUGUACCGCCUCCUGUGCACCAUCUUGUGGCUUUCUCCUCAGCAUUCAGGAAGGGGUUAUGGUGGUCAUCAGUAAGAAAGCCUUCCCAUGCCAAAGGCUUGCUGGUGUGUGGUUGGAGGAGAGAAUGGAAAUCAGGGUUUCUUGCUCACCGUGAGAUACUGGGGAUGAGGUUCCUUUUGGCGACUCAGUUUCCCUCUGCCUCAUGAUUGUGCUUUGGGAGCCUGGGUGUUGGCAUGAUGAUGGGAUUAGAGCAAGCGUGGAGGCUGGGGUGGGGGGUGAUGUGGAAGAGGAGGAAAUAUGCUUCCCCACAGCCCCUCACCAGGCUGAAUCUGGUAGAAGGUGGGGAGAUUUGGAGUCUGAUGAGUCCCACAUCCAUUCUGAAUUGGCUGGUGGUUGAAAGGAAGAGGGAUGGGGUAGAUAAGAACUGGGAUUGAGUUCUGUAUAAAAAGUGGGUUUCAGGGAAUGUGGUUUGAUGGUCUUGUGGAGGACAUAGAAAUGUGUCGGUUUCAAAUGUGUUCUCUUGGGUGUGGGGGUGGGAAGCAGGGACGGGAUUUGUCAUGUUUCUAGGCCAGCCCGAUAAUCCCUUAGGAUGACGGCUCUGCUGGGUCCAGUUGCUCAGCAUUGAUUCCUCUGCUCCAUUCCUGCCCCUCUCUGCCCCCUCCCUCUGUCCUAUAUAUCUUCACUUCUCUCCUUUCUCCCCAUCCUGUGUUCUGGGAGAAUGGCCUCAAGUUGGGGCUUGGCUGGGAGAAGUGCAGAGUGAAGGGAUCAGGACUGAAAUGAGUUGGGAGGAGGAUAAGCAAUCAGGAUCUCAGGAAACUUCUAGAUCUUUUUCUAGUUUCAAUUCUGCCCUUAAUCUAUCCCUUCCCUUUCCCAGGGCCUUCUCACAGCCCACCACUGCUCCCUGAAGUUCCCUGUCUCCAUUCUCUAGCACGUGAAAUUGCUAAAGAACAUUCUCCACUUCCUGACCAUUGUUCCCACGGAGAUAGUGAUCCCCUCCUCUUCACCCCCAGGGCAGGUUGUUUCCAUGGGAACUGUCUACCCUGCUAUAGGAGAAGGCUAUGACCUCCCGCAGACCCUCUGACUCCCUUAGUAGCUGAUUUCUUGUCCUCAACCACCCGUCUCCUGUAAGGUGCUCCUAUAGGGGGUGGAAAGGGUGAUGGUGCUGGGGUGUGAGUUGUCUGGGUCAACAAGGGUUGUUGUGGGAGUAGAGGCCCUGCUCACAGGUGCUUCCUCUCCUCUCCCUGGGGUGGGGCCAGCCAACAAGCACAAGCCAUGGAUUGAGGCAGAGUACCAGGGCAUCGUCAUGGAGAAUGACAACACGGUCCUACUGAAUCCACCACUCUUUGCCUUGGACAAGGAUGCCCCGCUGCGCUAUGCAGGUGAGAUCUGCGGCUUCCGGCUCCAUGGGUCUGGGGUGCCCUUUGAGGCUGUGAUCCUUGACAAGGCGACAGGAGAGGGGCUGAUCCGGGCCAAGGAGCCUGUGGACUGCGAGGCCCAGAAGGAACACACCUUCACCAUCCAGGCCUAUGACUGUGGCGAGGGCCCCGACGGGGCCAACACCAAGAAGUCCCACAAGGCCACUGUGCAUGUGCGGGUCAACGAUGUGAACGAGUUUGCCCCAGUGUUUGUGGAACGGCUGUACCGUGCGGCUGUGACAGAGGGGAAGCUGUACGAUCGCAUCCUGCGGGUGGAAGCCAUUGACGGUGACUGCUCCCCCCAGUACAGCCAGAUCUGCUACUAUGAGAUACUCACACCCAACACCCCUUUCCUCAUUGACAAUGACGGGAACAUUGAGAACACAGAGAAGCUGCAGUACAGUGGUGAGAGGCUCUAUAAGUUUACAGUGACAGCUUAUGACUGUGGGAAGAAGCGGGCAGCGGAUGAUGCUGAGGUGGAGAUUCAGGUGAAGCCCACCUGUAAACCCAGCUGGCAAGGCUGGAACAAAAGGAUCGAAUAUGCACCAGGUGCUGGGAGCUUGGCUUUGUUCCCUGGUAUCCGCCUGGAGACCUGUGAUGAACCACUCUGGAACAUUCAGGCCACCAUAGAGCUGCAGACCAGCCAUGUGGCCAAGGGCUGUGACCGUGACAACUACUCAGAGCGGGCGCUGCGGAAACUCUGUGGUGCUGCCACUGGGGAGGUGGAUCUGUUGCCCAUGCCUGGCCCCAAUGCCAACUGGACAGCAGGACUCUCGGUGCACUACAGCCAGGACAGCAGCCUGAUCUACUGGUUCAAUGGCACCCAGGCUGUGCAGGUGCCCCUGGGUGGCCCCAGUGGGCUGGGCUCUGGGCCCCAGGACAGCCUCAGUGACCACUUCACCCUGUCCUUCUGGAUGAAGCAUGGCGUAACUCCCAACAAGGGCAAGAAGGAAGAGGAAACCAUCGUAUGUAACACUGUCCAGAAUGAGGACGGCUUCUCUCACUACUCGCUGACUGUCCACGGCUGUAGGAUUGCCUUCCUCUACUGGCCCCUGCUUGAGAGUGCCCGCCCAGUCAAGUUCCUCUGGAAGCUGGAGCAGGUCUGUGAUGAUGAGUGGCACCACUACGCUCUGAACCUUGAGUUCCCCACAGUCACACUCUACACCGACGGCAUCUCCUUCGACCCUGCCCUCAUCCAUGACAAUGGCCUCAUCCACCCACCCCGAAGGGAGCCUGCUCUCAUGAUUGGGGCCUGCUGGACUGAGGAGAAGAACAAAGAGAAGGAAAAGGGAGACAACAGUACAGACACCACCCAAGGAGACCCUUUAUUGAUCCACCACUACUUCCAUGGCUACCUGGCUGGUUUCAGCGUGCGCUCAGGUCGCCUGGAGAGCCGCGAGGUCAUCGAGUGCCUCUAUGCAUGUCGGGAGGGGCUGGACUAUAGGGAUUUCGAGAGCCUGGGCAAAGGCAUGAAGGUCCACGUGAACCCCUCACAGUCCCUGCUCACCCUGGAGGGGGAUGAUGUGGAGACCUUCAACCAUGCCCUGCAGCAUGUGGCUUACAUGAACACUCUGCGCUUUGCCACGCCCGGCGUCAGGCCCCUGCGCCUCACCACUGCUGUCAAGUGCUUCAGCGAAGAGUCCUGCGUCUCCAUCCCUGAAGUGGAGGGCUACGUGGUGGUCCUUCAGCCUGACGCCCCCCAGAUCCUGCUGAGUGGCACUGCUCAUUUUGCCCGCCCAGCUGUGGACUUUGAGGGAACCGAGGGCGUCCCUUUGUUCCCUGAUCUUCAAAUCACCUGCUCCAUUUCUCACCAGGUGGAGGCCAAAAAGGAUGAGAGUUGGCAGGGCACAGUGACAGACACACGCAUGUCGGAUGAGAUUGUGCACAACCUGGAUGGCUGUGAAAUUUCUCUGGUGGGGGAUGACCUGGACCCCGAGCGGGAAAGCCUGCUCCUGGACACAACCUCUCUGCAGCAGCGGGGGCUGGAGCUCACCAACACAUCUGCCUACCUCACCAUUGCUGGGGUGGAGAGCAUCACUGUGUAUGAAGAGAUCCUGAGGCAGGCUCGUUAUCGGCUGCGACACGGAGCUGCCCUCUACACCAGGAAGUUCCGGCUUUCCUGCUCGGAAAUGAAUGGCCGUUACUCCAGCAAUGAAUUCAUCGUGGAGGUCAAUGUCCUGCACAGCAUGAACCGGGUUGCCCACCCCAGCCACGUGCUCAGCUCCCAGCAGUUCCUGCACCGUGGUCACCAGCCCCCGCCUGAGAUGGCUGGACACAGCCUGGCCAGCUCCCACAGAAACUCCAUGAUACCCAGCGCCGCAACCCUCAUCAUUGUGGUGUGCGUGGGCUUCCUGGUGCUCAUGGUCGUCCUGGGCCUGGUGCGCAUCCAUUCCCUUCACCGCCGCGUCUCAGGGGCUGGCGGGCCUCCAGGGGCCUCCAGUGACCCCAAGGACCCAGACCUCUUCUGGGAUGACUCAGCUCUCACCAUCAUUGUGAACCCCAUGGAGUCCUACCAGAAUCGGCAGUCCUGUGUGACGGGGGCUGUUGGGGGCCAGCAGGAGGAUGAGGAUAGCAGUGACUCAGAGGUGGCCGAUUCCCCCAGCAGCGACGAGAGACGCAUCAUCGAGACCCCCCCACACCGCUACUAAGGCCUACACCUCUCCCCACGCAGAGGGAGAAUUCUGCCCUGGUGAAACAGACACUCCAGACAUGGGAGAAGGACUUUCUGGGAACACAGAGACCAAGAGGGAGAGAGGCUUCAGAACCAGUCCUCCUUUCAUUUCAAAACCCCAGCGGGCCCUCUGGAGUCCGCCCUGCCCCUCCCCCGGCCCCCCAUCCCUCACCUCUGGGCUGUCAUGCUCCUGGUGUGCCCCUUGCACUGGGGCUGGCUGGGUUGGAAAGUGGGCUGGACUUCAGCUGCCUUUCUACCCCCAAUGGCAGCUGCCCCCUUAGCACUCACUGUGUUGGGGAGAGGGUGAUGAUUGCAAUGGCUGGGGCUGGGGCUGGGGGUGGGAUUGAAGGAAACCCUCUCCUCUCCCCUUCCCUUCUCUCUCCUGUCCAUGGGAAGAUUUCCCCCCUCUGCAGGGCUCCCUCAGCUGGACCAUCGUCCCUGCUUCUCUUAUGAUCGCCCCACCUCAUUUCCAUUUCAUUCUGGGGACCCCGUUUCUCCCUCCUUUCCAACUUCCUUCCUUUCUUGUCCUGUUUCCCUUCCUGCCCUUGCAGUCCUGAGGUCCUGCAGCCCUGGCCCCUCCUCCGUGACCUGGUGUGGCCAGGCUGCGGGGACGGGAGGGGACGUGGGGGCCCCGGGUGUAUAUAUAUAAUGUAUAUUUUUUCAAUGUUGUCGUGAGUGCAGCCCAUGUUCCUGCGUGCAGCUCACGGCCUUGUGUGUGUGUGUGUGUGUGUGUGUGUGUGUGUGAGGCAUCGUCAUGUCCUGGGGCAGGGGCGGGGGGAUGGGUGUGGUGAGGGAGGGGACAUAUCCUAGGGUUUUCAAAUAAAACAAUCAGAGGAAAAAAAAAA